AUAGCGGCUUACGACUGUCUCUUUUUCUCCUCGCUCAGUUAUCAGCUUGCAGUCUUGAUUGCCAAUGGUUUGUUCGACUCAUUCAGGAUAUACUAAAUAGAUACAUGUAAAUUUAGUAUCAGUGGUUUGACUCACUGGGUUUCUUUAAAAGCCUAUUUAAUUUGAAAAGCAAGCACAUGCUGAAAAUUGACUGUCAUUUGAAUCAGAAACCUCCGUGACCCUGGACCGUGGCGAAUAGGCUAGAAUUAAAUUGAUUCUAGUACUUCUUGCAUACGGCCUUGAUUCAUAUCUUGCCGGCAGGGCUCUGUUGACCUCACAAUUUUUCACGAUGGCCUCAGAAGAAAACUCUUUACUGGCAGUGCCCACCGCGCAUGAAGCUAUUUAUGGCAGAUUCGCGCCAGAUCAAAAGAGGUGGAUUGUGUUUCACGUGUCUUUUGCGGGUUUGUUGGCUAUGUUUGUCCAAGUGACGUUCGUGCCUUCCAUCCCUCAGAUAGCUAAAGAUCUCGACUCGACGCAUGCUGUCGUUAGCUUGGCUUUGAGCCUAUCGGUCUUUGCUAAUGCCAUCGGAGCGUUAUGUUGGUCUUCUUAUUCGUCUUUCUACGGACGCCGAUCGAUAUAUCUGUGGGGAAUGCCGUUUCUAUGUGUUGGGAGUUGUGGUGUAGCGCUAUCGACUUCAUUGCAGAGUCUGUUAUUCUGGCGAUUCGUGCAGAUGUUUGGAUGCGCUGGAGCGUUGUCGUUGGGGUCAGGUGUAAUUGGCGACAUUUAUAAACUGGAGGAGAGGGGGACCGCUAUUGGGAUAUUCUUUAGUGUCACACUUCUCGGGUUCACUUUUGCCCCGUUUGUUGGAGGUGCGGCGACACAGUACUGGUCCUGGCGCAAUUUGCAUUAUUCCAUUGGUGCAUGGGGCUUACUCGAGAUGCUUUUCAUAUAUCUUUCGUUUCCUGAGACGAGUCAUCCCGGCACAUUGGGUAUUGAUAAACUGCCGUUCAGGAGACGGAUUCAUAUCAAAUGGAUUAAUCCUCUGAGCAGUCUUUGGUUGCUUCGCAGUCCGAACCUAUUUGCGGUUAUGCUUGCGUCAGCUCUAAUGGUCAACACCAUGUAUGUUCUCCUCGUACCGAUAGCAAAGACUAUUGGCGUCCGGUAUGGAAUCACGAACGAUGCCAUCAUCGGGGCGUUUUUCCUCCCAAACGGACUGGGAUGCUUCGGCGGAACUCUGGUUGGUGGCCGCCUGUCUGACAUUGUAGUCAGAAAAUGGCGGGAGAAGCGCAGAGGAGCGUAUUGUCCCGAAGACCGCUUGAGAGCGACCUGGAUUGGAGGGCUGCUCCUUGUCCCAUUAUCUGUUGGGGCAUCGGGCCUGAUCACGACGUAUAUUGGGGGCCCGACCGGCCUUGCGCUGAAUAUAUUAUGCCUGUAUGCGAAUGGAGUGGGGGUCGAGUUAGUGUUGAAUCCUACUAAUUCUUAUAAUGUGGACAUAGUGCAUUCUCGAAGCGCAGAGGCCGCAGCUGCUUGCAUGGCGAGCUGGUCGCUCAUCAUGUCUGUUGCCACUGCUCUUAUCAUUCCAACGAUCGAGCGCAUAGGUGUUGCGUGGACGGAUAUCAUUGCUGCUGGCCUUGCGGUCAUUGGACAAGGGAUGAUUUUCUUGACAAUUCGUUAUGGUGAUAGCAUGAGGGCGAGUAUAGAUGUUGGUUUCUCGAUCAUGGAGAAUAAUUAACGGAUUGAUCUUUGUUUAUCUGAAAGGAAACAAUGUAUUAUAAUCAAUAUAUGUGGAACAAUAUACUCGUCAUCAUUGCCAACAAAGAAAAUAGAAUAGUCUCCCUGUCUAAUGAUGGCCCGAGCACCAUAAGGACAAAACUCGAACUCGAAACACUGAAUUUUGUAAGUGCAAGGAGUCAAAUUUAUUGUCCUUUGGGGUCAAAACCCUGAGUAGGACAUAGCCCUUUUCGCGCGGGGGUUACUCCCGCUCAUUCUACCAUAUGCAAGGAAAGCUACGAGCGCAGAACGGAGAAUUAAUUAUUAAGCUGCAUCUCUGGAUGCCAAGUUCCUAG